AUUUUUUUUUUCCACGUUUUUAACUUUUAAAAUGUGUAUAUUUGAUUUAAUUAGAUCGAAUUAUUUUUAUUCGUCGCUGAAUACUGUUUUUCUUUAAUUGUUUUUGUUUGAUGGAGCCAACAGAACCACAUCAUCUGGAAAAAGCAGAGAUGCAGUACUGAGGCCACCAAACCGGACUUCCAUCCAUCCAUCCAUCCAUCCAUCCAUCCAUCCAUUUUCUUAUCCUCACAAGGGUCGCAGGGAGUGCUGGAGCCUAUCCGAGCUGUCAACGGGCAGGAGGCCGGGUACAUCCUGAACUGGUCUCCAGCCAAUCGCAGGGCACAUGGAGACAAACGCACUCACAAUCACACCUACGGGCAAUUUUGAGUGUCCAAUUAUUGUUGCGUGUUUUUGGGAUGUGGGAGGAAACCGGAGUGCCCACCCGGAGGAAACCCACGCAGGCACGGGGAGAACACGCAAACUCCACACAGGCGGCCCAGACUUCUUCUUCGCAUGAAACAGAAUCAAUUCUUUUUCUAUUUCAUGAUCAAAAGAUUUUACAGAUACUAUGAUUUUUCAUAGUAAUAGCAUAAUGAUGGAACAGUGUACCAGUGUUUAGAGCACAGGAGUCAAACUCAAGUCCCGGGGGCAAGAUCUGGCCCACGGAGGCAAAUCAUGUGUAUCAACUUCCAUGAUUUUUUUUUUUUGUUCAAAUCUGUACCAAAAUUUGAAAUUGACACAUCAUAAAUGAUAACAUGGAGGUAUUACAAGUAUUUUUGUGUUACCAAACAACAAUAGUUGGAAAAACCCAUCAUCCUUGAUUUCUGAUUCCAAAACCAGUUCAUAAAUUUCAUGUGUGAAUAUGAUGAGACGGUUAAAGAUUUUUAUCGUUUCACAGCCAUAACGGCCCUUUUAGGGAAACUGCAAGUACAGUGUGGCCCGUGACAAAAAUGAGUUUGACACCCCUGAUUUAGAGCAUCUGCCUCACAAUUCUGAGGAUCGAGGGGUUCAAAUCCCUGCUCCCCCUGUUUGGUUUUUGCAUGUUUUCCCCGUGCUUGCGUAUGUUUUCUCCUGGGACUCCGGUUUCCUCCCGCAUCCCAAAAUAUGAAACUGCGGUAAAGCUCGGCAAGAGUGGGUGACCUGCCAAAGUUACCCUAAGACCGCAGCAAGAACUCAUCCAGGGGGGUCACAUAGGAACCCAAGACACAAUCUAAAGAACUGUGAACCCCCCACCCCUUGCUUCACUUCAGGUCAGUGCUCAUUAAUCCACAAUAAUGAGGAAAUAUGGAAAAAAAAUAGCAUCCAUGGCAGAGUACCAAGGCAAAAAACUGCUGACAAAAAAUAACAUAAGUCUCAUCUUACUUUUGCAAACAAACAUCUGAAUGACCACCAUGACCAAGCAGAAUAUUCUAUGGACUGAUAAGAAAAAAGUAACAGUAUUUCAGAAAAAAAAAAAAAAAAAUGGUGCUUGUAGUGGCAAGUAAUUAAUAUACUGUUAUCUGAUUAUGCUUCACACCAGUGAUAGUUGCACAACGUGAGAAGCAAUUAUUUAUGAGAGAAGAACGUUUUUUGUUAAGCAGCUCAUACUUUUAGUUAUAGAUGAACCGUUUCACAAAAUGUGCACCACUGUAUGAAUCUCCUCCCUUUCUGGGAUGUUCAGCAUUCCUACUUUAUUGUAAGACAUUGAAUCUAUCAUUCUGUGACGUCCUUCCGGUGUGUCUGUUACUUUCCAAACGCUAAACGCUGUGGUUGAACAUUUUUUUAAUGCAGCCAGCGAAUAUUCAUGUUCUCAGGUUUUUUUACGUCGUAACAACAGCUGGCGGAAUAUUAUGUAAACCCCGGAGACAGUAAUUGUAGAACUUUAUAGUUGCAGGUCGUGUCAAUCUACAUUUUUACAAGUCCUGUUCAACCCUCCGGUGAUGCAUUCGCUGUCCGGGGAGAUUGAGGGCUUCUCCAAAAGCCGCCUGAGGAAACAGUGCACCCGCGUUACCACGGUGACGGGCAGAAAGCUGUUGGAGAGGCACACCGAUGCGGGAGCAGAGGUGGAGGAGCUGGAGGAGGGGAACGGAUGCGGAUUUGUGGAGGAUCAGAGUCUGGACCUUCAAGUUGGAGUUGUCCGACCCUUCUUACUGCUGGCCUCUCAGGAUGCGGCCCACGACAUGGACACCUUGCAGAGAUAUCAGGUGUCGCACGUGCUGAACGUGGCCUACGGAGUGGCCGACGCGUUCCUCGAUCAGUUGGUCUACAAGACCGUCCGGAUCCUGGACCUCCCGGAGACGGACAUCGCUUCACAUGUGGAGGAGUGCGGCUCCUUUAUAGAUCGGGCCCGGGAGCAGGACGGCGUGGUUCUGGUCCACUGCAACGCGGGCGUGUCGCGCUCCGCCGCCAUCGUCACGGCAUACUUGAUGUGGAGGGAGGGGCUCCCGUUCGACGAGGCGUACCGGCAGUUCACAACAGAAAUAAUCAGAAGCCGCUUGACCAUUGGGCCGUGUCACGGAGGCGAGCGUCAGCAAACCAAGUCAAAGAUGACAACGAUGAUGGAGAGGAUACCUGCUUCCGUUCCAGUUUUCUACCGUGGAGACGCUGGAAAGCCUUGGCCUCACAGAUCUGAGGUGCCGGGUUCAAUCCCAGACCCGCCUGUGUGGACCUUGCAUGUUCUCCCCGUGCCUGCGUGGGUUUUCUCCGGGUGGGCACUCCGGUUUCCUCCCGCAUUCCGAAAACAUCCAACAUUAAUUGGACAUGCUAAAUUGCCCCUAGGUGUGAUUGUGAGUGCGACUGGUCGUUUGUCUCCGUGUGCCCUGCGACCGGUUCAGGGUGUACCCCACUUCCAGCCCGUUGACAGCUGGGAUAGGCUCCAUGACUCCCCGUGAGCCUCGUGAGGAUAAGCGGCAAAGAAAAUGGAUGGAUGGAUAUUUAAUGAUGAGGCGGCACAGUGAAGCAGCUGGGAUAGGCUCCAUGACUCCCCGGGACCCUAGUGAGAAUAAGCGGCAAAGAAAAUGGAUGGAUGGCUAUUUAAUGAUGAGGCGGUACGUUGGAUUAUUUGGAAAGUGUUGGCUUCACAGUUCUGAGGUCCCGGGUUCAAUCCCGGACCCGCCUGUGUGGAGUUUGCAUGUUCUCCCCGUGCCUGCGUGGCUUUUCUCCGGGUGGGCACUCUGGUUUCCUCCCGCAUUCCGAAAACAUGCAACAUGAAUUGGACACUCUAAAUUGCCCCAAGGUGUGAUUGUGAGUGCGGCUGUUUGUCUCUGUGUGCCCUUCGAUUGGCUGGCGACCGGUUCAGGGUGUACCCCGCCUCCUGCCCGUUGACUGCUGGGAUAGGCUCCAGCACUCCCCGUGAGGAUAAGCGGCAAAGAAAAUGGAUGGAUGGAUGGAUAGAUGGAUAGUCAAGUUGAUUUCGGUUGGGUUGAAAUGAAAGCAGAAUGUCUCCACGCCACUUUGCUGCUCGUCGGUAGGUGGAGCUUGGCUUCUUCUCCUGGAAAGGAAGAGAGGAGGAGGAGGAGGACGGAGAGCUGGAGACGAUUAAGGUGGUGAGAGAGAGGAGAGGAGAGAAAGGGAUGGCAUGGGGAUCAACAGAGAGAGAGAGAGAGAGAGAAAGAGAGAGAGAGAGCGCAAGCGUCAGCACUCCAUGCGUUAAAAGGGCAGAUGGUAACGGCGGGUAACUGAGGAGCAAAGCACUCCGUUCGCCGCGCAGCCAAAGAUCAGCGCAGGGAGAGCGACAGCGGCAGCGGGAGCGGGAGCGGGAGCGAGCCAGCAUCUCAACGCACGCGGCCGGCCGGAGCAUCUCGCAUCUCGCAGGGAGCUGCAGAAAGCACCACAGCGCAUCUUCCUUGGCUUCUUUCCGCGAUCCCGCGCUGACAGGAC